GUACAGCUCUCCGGGCGAUGCCAGUGUAAAUGCCAGGGCAAUGUCCCGUCGCAAGCAGGGAAACCCGCAGCACUUGUCACAAAGAGAGAUUAUCACACCAGAGGCUGACCAUGUGGAAACGGUGCUUGCCGACGAAGAUGAGAGCCUGGCAAUAGCGGAGCCGGGCGGCAUCAGCAUCGCCCCAGGUGGGACAGACCCCGAUUUGUUAACCUGUGGACAGUGUCAGAUGAACUUCCCCCUGGGAGACAUCUUGGUUUUUAUAGAGCACAAGAAGAAACAGUGCAAUGGCACUGGUGGUGUCUGCUAUGAAAAGAGCCUGGAUAAGAGCAGCCCUCCCCCCUCGUCCCGCUCCGAGCUCAGGAAAGUGUCAGAGCCAGUGGAAAUCGGGAUCCAAGUCACACCCGAUGAAGAAGACCGUCUUCUCACGCCUACAAAAGGAAUUUGCCCCAAGCAGGAGAACAUUGCAGGGCCGUCCAGGCCUGCAAAGCUGCUGGGGGCUCCCAUAGCUGCCUCCUCCCACCCUCACACAUCAGUGAUCACGUCACCUCUCCGCGCAUUGGCCUCUCUCCCGCCCUGCCUUAGCCUGCCCUGCUGUGGUGCCCGUGCAGUCUCAGUUGGCGGGACUCAGACUGAGACUCAGACUGAGACUUCAGGCACAUUUGGAUGUCAUUGUCAGUUGUCAGGUAAAGAUGAGCCUUCAAGCUAUAUUUGCACAACAUGCAAGCAGCCUUUUAAUAGCGCUUGGUUCUUGCUUCAGCAUGCCCAGAACACACAUGGAUUCCGCAUCUACCUGGAAACCAGCCCUUCAAACAGUUCCCUUACUCCACGCAUCACCAUCCCUCCUCCUCUGGGACCAGAGACUGUUGCACAGUCCCCGCUGAUGAAUUUCCUUGGAGACAACAACCCUUUUAGUCUUUUGCGGAUGACGGGCCCCAUCCUACGUGAUCACCCUGGAUUUGGUGAGGGUCGGCUCCCCAACACACCGCCACUGUUCAGCCCACCGCCUCGUCAUCAUCUGGAUCCACAUCGCCUUAGUGCCGAAGAAAUGGGGUUAGUUGCCCAGCAUCCCAGUGCCUUUGACAGAGUUAUGCGUUUAAACCCCAUGGCAAUUGAGUCCCCAGCGAUGGAUUUCUCCAGAAGGCUUCGAGAACUGGCAGGAAACAAUUCUACCCCUCCUCCAGUCUCACCGAAUCGCACCAACCCUAUGCAUCGCUUGUUGAAUCCUUUCCAGCCUAGCCCUAAAUCACCCUUUUUGAGCACCCCGCCAUUGCCACCAAUGCCCCCAAGCAGCACUACGCCGCCGCAGCCUCAGGCGAAGAGUAAGUCCUGUGAAUUCUGUGGGAAAACAUUCAAGUUCCAGAGUAAUCUUAUCGUGCACCGACGCAGUCAUACAGGAGAAAAGCCCUACAAAUGUCAACUCUGUGAUCAUGCUUGCUCCCAGGCCAGCAAGCUAAAACGUCAUAUGAAAACACAUAUGCACAAAGCUGGCUCCAUGACAGGCAGGUCAGAUGAUGGACUCUCCACCACAAGUUCUCCUGAGCCAGGCACAAGUGAGCUCACUGGAGAGGGACUAAAAUCCAGUGAGACAGAUUUCAGGAAUGAGAGUGAUCCCUCCCUGGGCCAUGACAAUGAAGAAGAGGAAGAAGAAGAGGAGGAGGAAGAGGAGCUAGAAAACGAGAGCAGGCCAGAGUCAAGCUUCAGCAUGGACUCAGAGCUAAGUCGUAAUCGAGAGAACGGUUCCAAAUCGCUACCAGAUGAAAAAUCCCUUGUCCUUGGAAAAGUUAUAGAGAAUGUAAGUCUCGGUGCCAUCCAGCAAUACAGUGACAUGCUAGUUGAAAAACAGAAGAGGAGUAGCUUCAUGAAAAGGUCUUCUGAUCAGCGAGACCUGUGUCCUCGAGACCUCUGUCAGAGAGACACAGGCGACGAAGACUCAGUGGCAGGAGAACUUGACCGCACUGAGGAAGGGACAGUCAAUGGAAGAAACUUUGGCCCAGGCGAGCCCUUCCCAGGCUUGUUCCCUCGCAAGCCAACACCUAUCACGAGCCCCAGUUUAAACAACUCUUCUAAAAGAAUAAAAAUAGAGAAAGAUUUGGACUUACCACCAGCAACAAUAAUACCUUCUGAAAAUGUUUACUCCCAGUGGCUGGUAGGGUAUGCAGCAUCAAGGCACUUCAUGAAGGAUCCGUUUCUAGGAUUCACAGACUCCCGACAAUCCCCCUUUGCAACUUCUUCUGAGCAUUCUUCAGAGAACGGAAGCCUGCGUUUCUCCACUCCACCAGGUGACAUGCUGGAUGGGGGUCUCUCAGGGCGCAGUGGGACAGCGAGCGGAGGCAGCACUCCCCACAUCAGUGGACCUGGUCCCGGUCGACCCAGUUCAAAGGAAGGGCGGAGGAGCGAUACAUGCGAGUACUGUGGCAAGGUCUUUAAGAACUGCAGCAACUUAACGGUGCACCGCCGGAGCCACACUGGAGAGCGGCCUUACAAAUGCGAGCUCUGCAACUAUGCAUGUGCCCAGAGCAGUAAGCUGACACGUCAUAUGAAAACGCAUGGCCAGAUAGGGAAGGAGGUCUACCGCUGCGACAUUUGCCAGAUGCCCUUCAGUGUUUACAGCACCCUGGAGAAACACAUGAAAAAGUGGCAUGGAGAACAUUUGCUGACAAAUGACGUCAAAAUUGAGCAGGCAGAAAGAAGCUAAGACCCCCCACUGGGUUAAAUCAGGGGUCUAGGUAACAUUUAAUUUGUACAGUUUAACUAUUGCCAACUGAGAAAAGCUGACCUAACUUGCCUCCGUAAACAUAACUUAGCAUAACUAUAGUAGGUGCCAGACCUUGGCACUUAAAUAUAACCUGUGUCUACAAAGUUCUAUUAAACCUGAGGGUUGAUUAAGGCAGUAAAAUUGUGGAGCCUUUUAACUGUGCAAUAAUUUCUGUAUUUAUUGGGUUUUUGUAAUUUUUUGGCAUGUGCAGGUACUUUUUUUUUAUUCUUUCUGUUUAAAUUUCUUUUAAAAUUUUGUUGGGUAUCCCUUUUUAAUUUUACCCAGUAGUAGCCUGAGAUUACUUGCAUUGUAGGGGGAGAGGCAUAUCUUUUUAAAUUAUAAUUUUGGGGCCGCUGCUUUGUUGAAAUUUAAGCUAAGCAUGUGUAAUUUCUUGUGACGAAGCCAACAUUUUAACUGAAUUCUUCUUCUUCUUCUUCUUCUUCUUCCUUUUUUAUAAAAUAACCUUGGAGAUUAGGGAAAAUAAAAUUGUACAGCGGAUAACAAUCUUUAAAAUUAGCACUUUCUUUUGGAAUUGGAUUUGAUAUGUAGCACUGACAAUGUCGCUAAAGAUAGAGGCCUUUUCUGUGUAGACUUCAACAUUAAAGUUAUGUCAACUAAAAAGACAUGGGUGCAGGUAUUUUCUGAAGGCAGCUACAUUGAACAAAGCAAUAGCAUUCUUAAUUGUGGAUUAUUAUCAGAUAGUUUCUUAGCGUUAUUAAUGAUAUGUACUGAGAUGCCGCCAUUUUGUCACUUGUUCCAGGUUCAGUAAUUAAAAUAACCGAAAGAAUCCUCACAGUUGUCAUAAAAGCUCUUUUAAGGUAUUGUAGCAUCCUUCUCCACCCUUGGAUGAAUGAAAUGCCAUUCUUUUAGUUUACCACACACACACACAAAUCUAAACAAGUUUGGGAUAUAUGUACAAACCACCAACUCAGCUCAGAAGUAUACUGCAACUAGAAUUGCUAUAAUUAAGGCAAUUGUAACUAGGGCUGAUUGGUAAUUUCUCAAUCCGAUAGAAUAGAAUUUAUAAGGUAUUUGGAUGGCGAGUAGAAAAUAUCAGGAUUAUCUCAUAUAAUGCACAACGAUGUUAUUGUGAGGAAGGGGAAAAAUUAAUCAUUCUACGUGUAAUGGGCUGAUUCUGCUCCCACUGAAGUCAAUGAGAGUUUUCCCGUUGACUUAAUUGGGAGCAGGAGCAGGCCCUAUAUGAGCAAAGCAUUGUAGGAAAAAAAUGCAGCUGCUUUGUUUUCCAAUUGUUUUAUUUUUUAGCAUAUUAGGACUAAUAAUAACGAAGAGUGGACAAUUAAGGUUAGACAUUUUCAUUAUGUUGACCCGCACUUUAAAACUUUUGUUUGUGUUUAAGAGAAAAUGGCUUCUGAACAAGAAAUUACAGCAUAUUCUUCUCCUUGGCCCAAAGGUGGGUUAAACUGUAAGGGAACAGCUGAGAUUAAGUGUCAGUGUUGCUAAGCAUGGCAUUCACAAUACUGGCACUAUAAAGAAAAAUAAAAUAAAAAUAAUUUAUUGGACAGAUUUUCUACUGCCAUUCAAUUUGACGUGAGUGCCUUGAAAACUGAUCUUCCUAUCUGAGUCUCUUGAGACAAAUGCAAAACGUUUUUGUGAAAUGAAAAGACUUUUAAAAAAGUAAAACAAGAAAAGUACAUUCUUUAAGGGGAAAAAAAAGAGCCACAUUUACUUUAAAAAAAUUACUGGUUGAAGAUAGUGGACAUGAAAAUGCCAUAAGACCCAAUCAAAUGAAGAUGCAUACCCAGCACAACUUCGGACAUCCAUUAGCUGAAUUAUUCUCAGCCUUUUUUUUUUUCAGGACAACGCUGCUUAGGAAAUGGAAUGGAAAUGAUUUACUGCUGAAUUAAAACUCAUAUGACACAAAUUACGAGUUAUCAUUGAAUGAGAAAAAAACAAUUCAGGAACAAUGGCGAAUUUUUUUUAAAAGUUAAAUUUAGUGCACUCUGUCUUAAAAUACGUUUACAGUAUUGAAUACAUACAAGGGUAAAAAAAAUUGUGUGUAUGUGUGUUUGAGCAAUCUUUUUUUUUUCAAAGUUUGCUUAAUAGGUUAUUAAAAAAAUGCCAUGAUGGCCAUGUGUAUAUUGUUUUCUUUUGGUGACGGGGUUUUAGUAUAUAUUAUAUAUAUUAAAAUUUCUUGAUUACUGUAAAAGUGGACCAGUAUUUGUAAUAAUGGAGAAUGCUUGGGCAUUUUACAAAACCAGAAAGAAAAAACAAAAAAACAAAAAACCAGAAAAAAAAAUCUUUUCUUUUUUUCCUUGAAAAUGUUGCAGUAAAAUUUAAAUGGUGGGUCUAUAAAUUUGUUCUUGUCACUGUAACUGUAAAGUCUUGAGUUUUAGUAAAUUUUUUUCUGCUUUGGGUGUUGAAUUUUUAUUUCAAAAAAUGUAUAGAAACUUGUAUUUGGGGAUUAAAAGGUGAUUGCUACACCAUGUAGAAAAAGUAUGUAGAAAAAAGUGCUUAAUAUUGUUAUUGCUUUGCAGAAAAAAAUCACGUUUCUGACCUAUACCUAUUUUUCUCUUCCCCCUCCCCUCCCUUCUGGAAUGGAUAUUGAUAUUGGUUGAUUCAUAUGAUGUAGGCACUCGCUGUAUUUUUACUGAAGCUUGUAAUUUUUUAACUGUACGCUUGUCCUUUUAAAGGGAUUUAAUGUACCUUUUUGUUAGUGAAUUUGGAAAUAAAAAUAAAAACAAACAAACAGGCUGCCAAUAAUAUAUUUUUUUAAUUUGGCAGGAUAAAAUAUUGCAAAAAAAAAAAUUUGUAUGUUAAGUCCUUAUUGUACAGGAAAAAAAGUGGGGGGGAGGGGUUGUUAGACGACCUUUAAGUAAAAGAAACAAAACAAAAUAACUAAGUGCUUUUUUUUUCAUUUUAUUUUAUUUUAUUUUGUUCACAAAUGAUUUUAGUUGUAUAUAUAUUUUUUUUGUCAGAAAUGGCCUACAAAAAAAAAAAAGUACUGUUCCCACAGGGCUCUAAUAUCUUCAAAGUUGCCUGGACCCCUUGCAUCAAGGUUUUACCAGGUAUGGGUGAACCAGGCUGGAGGAUUAUUGCCUAUUCAUGUUAAGGGAAAUUCAGUUUUUGUAAAGAUGUUUGAAGUAACAUUCCACAGAUUCCUCUUCUAAAGAGAAAGAGAGGAGAUUCCCCCCCACCUCUUGCAAAUGAUUAGCUGUUUAUAGCAUCUUCUCUACCACCACUGCCUCCCACUCACUCCCCUAAAUUCCUGCCCUCCAGAAUAAUGUAAAUUUACUCUUUAAAAGCGAGAGCUGUUGCAUCUGCUUUGACACAGGUAAAGUGACCUGCUCUUGGUACAAUUGUAAUUUGGAUUGAAGUAAAAUUGGUCCAGGCACAGCCCUCGUUUUCCCUGUCAGAACAGGACCUAUUCCAUGUACAGGUCUUGCCAGUCCAUGUUAUUAUCUGCUUUGCUGCUGUACUCCUAAUUGUACAUUCCAUAAAUUUCUGAAUGUUUGAGGGACUGGGAUGAAAUUCUGUGCCUUUUGAUUUCUCUUUUCUAUUCUCUCUCUCUCUCUCUCUUUCUUUUCUUUCGGUCGAGAUGAGGACAAGUAGCAGAAGUGGCAAUGACAGUCUAUUGAAUAUUUUAAGGUGGGAGAGAAGGAGGAAAUUGCAUUGUUUCAGAAAAAGAUGGUAAAAAACACCAUGGCAAAUUCUUCCUUCACAUCUGUGCAAUGCAGUUGAAGCCAUUGGGAUGGCAUGGUUGUAACUCAGAGCAGAAUUUGACCCAGCUAUCUUGCAGAUGCUGCCUUCUUGCUUGACUACACCCUAUCCUAAGAUUUACCUAUUGGGUGAAGUUUUGAUUUCAAUUAUGCUGGUGUAAAUCAGGAUUAAUUCAUAAGAUUUACUCCUGAUUUAUACCAGUGUAACUGAGAUUGGAAUCUGGCCCUUUAAAGGCGUAUACUAAUCUUUGUUACACUGGUGUAAAUCUGGAGUAACCUCAUGGAAUUCAGUGGAGUACCCCUGAAUAUACACCAGUCUAAUGAAAAUGAGCAUUGAAUCCUAGGUUUCCAGUCUAAGACCAGUUCCUUGAAAGAAAAAAAAAAUCAACUUUCAUUUUAAAGCAAAUUGCUUGGAAGCACCACUAGUCCUAUUGUUUCUUACUAAGAUAGUUAAACCAGCAGUUGUCUAAUCGUGUGACUUAAAUCAUUCAUAAACCAACAGUAAGUCACCCAAAAAGCACAAGGAAUGUGUUUCUACAGACUGUAGUAACAAUGGAGACUCUCUUUUUCCUGUUUAGGAGAAUCAUACUUUACUAGGCCAUAAGCACAAUAUUACAUAGACAUACAGUAGCUAUUAUGCUGCCAUAUUUAUAUUCACAGUUCAGUUUAACAUUUUCUUAAGUUGAAAUUUAUUACUUCCAGUGCCCACUUCUGUUUCCAUUGAAGUCAAUCGCAAAACUUCAGCUGACUUCUGUGGGAGCAGGAGUGGGUCCGUAAUCUCGUUUUUGGGAAGGAAAAUAUCUAUAUGAAUAAAAGGGGUAAAAAAUCAGCAUUUCAUCCCAGUCCUGAGUACAAGACAGUCCAAGGUUUUGUUUAUCACAAGCAAACUCAUUUUUAUGGUGCUCUUUGUAUUUUAGAACUGCAAAGCAAAGUAAUGUUGAUUUAAGUUGUUUGCAUUUGUACCGGCAAGGCAAAAUAUUUUUAUUACCUUUUUCUAUUACUUAUUGUAUGAGCUUUUGUUGUUUACUUGGAGGUUUUGUCUUUUACUACAAGUUUGGAACUAUUUAUUAUUGCUUGGUAUUUGUGCUCUGUUUAAAAAACAAGAGCACUUUUUUUUAUUAUGGAUAAAAUGUUGAGAUGGCUGGAGGUCAUUUCAAUAUGGCUUAGUGAAAUAUUUAUUGUUCCUUUUAUUCUCUGUACAAGAUUUUUGGCCUCUUUUUUCCCUUAUUGUCACCAAUGUUGAGUUCAGCAUGUGUCUACCAUUUCAUUUGUACGCUCGUUCAAAACAACGUUUGUUCCAGUUUCAAGUUAUAAAA